AUGGCAGAACGCGGAUGGCAUCAAAUGAGAAUAAUCCUUUAGAAAAAUUAGAAUUGACUGACGUAUCUGAGUAUCUUAGAAAUAUUCUUCGCUUCAAUGGCAGAACGCGGAUGAACUUAAAGAAAACUGAUGAGAAUAAUCCUUAUAAUUAAAAUUGACUGACGCAAACGUGAGUUCUUCAUGUUUUUAUUGAAAACAACAUUAGUGCUGACGCUGUACGACGCCGUACGGCAUCGGUUUUUUGCUUUCCAAACAAGGCGUGCGCGCUCCCGCGGCAGGGGGAACAAAAUCUCACGGGUGAACCAAAUCGAGCACAACACCACACCUACACCAUGUCCAGCAAGGUCGCCGUGGUAACGGGGGCCAACAAAGGCAUCGGCAAGGCCAUCGUGCAGGCGCUGUGCAAGGAAUUCCAGGGAGACGUAUACCUCACCGCCAGGGACGGGGGGCGUGGGGAGGAGGCCACAGCAUCCUUGAGAGCAGAGGGUUUGAAAGUCAACUUCCACCAGUUGGACAUCAAUGAAAUCAGCAGCAUCGCGAAGGCUGCCGACUUCUUCAAACAAACGUACGGCGGCGUAGAUGUGCUCGUCAACAACGCCGGCAUCGCUUUUAAAGUGGCCGACCCGGCGCCGUUUGGCACGCAGGCCGAGGUGACGCUGCGGACCAACUACUUUGCCACACGGGACAUGCUGACCCACUUCCUGCCGCUCAUCAAAUGCGGAGGCCGUGUAGUGAACGUGUCGAGCUUUGUGAGCGUGCGCAGCCUGCACAAGUGCAGUGAGGAGCUGCAGAGACGUUUCCGCAGUGACGACAUCACUGAAGACGAGUUGACAACUCUCAUGACGCACUUCGUCGAGCUCGCCAAGGACGACCGGCACAAGCAGGCGGGAUGGCCUGACACGGCCUACGGAGUCUCCAAGAUCGGCGUGACGACUCUGUCCAUGAUCCACGCGAGACGUCUGUCCAAAGAGAGAGCAAACGAUCAGAUCCUGGUAAACGCGUGCUGCCCCGGCUGGGUGCGCACCGACAUGGCGGGCUCCAAAGCCCCCAAGUCUCCUGAAGAAGGUGCUGAGACGCCAGUCUUCUUGGCUCUGCUUCCCGUCGGAGCUUUGGAGCCUCACGGCAAGUUUGUGUCGGACAAGACGGUCCAGACCUGGUGAAGUUCUCCGUGUCACCGUCUGGAAAACAAAACGCUACUCUGAACAGUUACAAGGGAAUAAUCAAUAAAUGUGAAACAAGAACGUCCAAUGUGCGAAACGUGGCAAGCCGUCUUGCAUGAAUAAAGACAAGAAUGAUUUGAA